AUGGGCUAUCAGAACAUCUACUGGCAUCAUUCUGUACAGUCCUUCUUGAGAGUCAUCCAGGCAUUAGAGACAUUUGCUGACACAGUAAUCCUGACCACGGAAAGAUACACCGCCGUUCGGCCAGGGGUGGCAUUGCAGGCAGCUGACAUCAGUCCAGAGGAGUUGGACAAGGGACAAGGAUUUGCCUUCUUUCUGAGUGGUGACGAUUCUAACAGCUUGAAGGAGGGCAAUAUUAGAAGCUUCACUACCGAAGAUGGACGUGAUUUUGUGCAAACUGCUGACAUCUCCAUCUCUAUUCCUCCUAACCUCUCCAACAUGAUACAGAUUGACAACACAUCAGACGUCCGUCUGAGUUACACCCUGUACAACAACAACAGCCUGUUUGUCCAGACUUCUCGGGGUGCAGUGAGACCGUCCCAGGGUGCAGUGGGAACUCGCAUCAUCGGUGGCAGAAUUGCAGAAAGGCGGGUAAAGAACCUGCCACUACCUGUUAUCAUCACCUUUGCCCCCUUACAGCAUUUACAUCCUGAAGACGUGAGGGAAGUGAGAUGCGUGUUUUGGGACUUUGAGGCCGAGGCAGGACAGGGGGCAUGGUCAACUGAUGGGUGUAUGAUCACGAACCAAGAACAGGUCAACGGGCGGUACAGAUGUGCCUGUAACCACCUUACCAACUUCGCUGUGAUCUUUGAUGUGUUUGGUGUGGGUUUUGGAGAGCACAAGAGGCCGCUAGAGGUCAUAACUAUUGUGGGCUGUGUCGUGUCCAUCGUUUGCCUGGUCCUCACUUUAGCCUCUUUCGUCGUCACAAGGAAAUACAAACGCCAUGCCAGAGCAGGCCAUGCAAAGAACCAGCGUCUAGUCCUUAUGAACCUCUGUGUGGCUCUGUUGGCCAUUCUCGUUAUCUUCCUCGUUGGCAUCAACCAGACGGCUUCUCCCAUUGGCUGCACCGUGGUGGCGGCAUUGCUACACUACUUCCUAUUGGCUGCCUUGGUGUGGAUGGCAGUAGAGGCCGUUAACAUAUACCGCGCCGUUGUGCUUGUAUUUGACCAUCAUGUCUCUGAGACCUUCAUCGUCAAGGCAGCAGCUGUAGCAUGGGGUUUGCCACUUGUUGCAACAGUGUCGACUGCAGGGCCAUCAAGUCUCUACCAAUACAAGAUGAAGAAUGUCUGCUGGCUGGCACAGACACCUCUGAUCUUUGCCUUCUUACUCCCAGCGGGUCUCAUCCUACUGUUCAAUUUGCUGGUCUUCGUCAUUGUCAUGUGUAAACUGGCCCGCGACGAGAAGAAACUUAAACAAUUGAGAGGUGCUAAGGUCACAGAGGCAGACCGUAAUCGGAUAAUCCGCCAGAUCCGUCGAGCCUUCAGUAUCAUGGCUCUGUUUGGUCUCACAUGGGUGUUCGGCUUCUUCGUCAUCAACGACGCCCGGGCUGUGUUCGCCUACCUGUUCUGCAUCUUCAACACCCUCCAAGGCCUCUUCAUCUUCAUCUUUCACUGUGUGAUGAGAGAUGAUAUGAAGAAGUGGUGGAAAAAGUGGUGGCAGAAUCUUAUCUGCACUAGAAAGAAAAAGCAGGGUCUUUAUAAUGUCAACGGCAGUACGACUUUUUCUUCAGCUCCGCAAACCUCGCAGACAAUGCUUGUUAGGUUAAGCACAUUGCAAUCUAACAGCAAGCCCGAUCAUGAGCCUCUGCAGUAACAAGCAUAGUUCAUCAGGUUGUCUCGAGGUGGGAAAAGAGAGCCGGCUAUAGAAAAAAAUACGGGAAACAUGGAGAGAAAACAAGAUUUGAUAUACUAGAACAAAUAAACGAAAACACAUACCACAAAUAAACACAACCUUUAUGAAAGGGAAAAAUGAAUACAAUUUGUAACGGAAUUAAAUGAAUACUAAUCUCCAAGCUGGUCUAUCGAGGAGGUAGGCAACUUUUACUUUUUUGACUUAGAUUCUGUUUCGGAAAGAAAGUUGAGCCUUCGGACUCAAUCUGAAAAGUUGUUUUGUUUUACUACCACAACAAAAAUGUUCUAUUGUGGAUAAAGACAAAGGGCUAAACGGUACUAGUAUCCAAUGGGUUCCCUUUGCCCCCGCUAGAUCUGCCUGGAGAUCAAAUGCAUUAUCGUGCGACAAACAUAAGUUUACAUAGACAGAGACAAAGCUCUAACAAUUACAUACUGUAGUAAUAAAACAAUCAAUUGAUCGGAAACAGCUAACAUUAGUUUACAUACACAGAGACAAAGCUCUCACAAUUACAUAGUAAUAAUCAAUCGAUCGGAAAUAGCUAUCUAACAUCUAGGAAAACUCAAGAACAGUAUAAGGAACUUUCAUUGAUACACAAGACAUGCUCAGCAUUGGAAAAGGAAACGGUAACCACGAAAUCAUUUAAUUCAGAGAAUCCUUUGAUAAUUGCAACACCCGCUUGCUUGUGGUGUUGACUGUAAUUGUAAACACUUGUUUUGACCCCCCCCCCCAAAAAAACAUGUUAUGUUAUAUUAUGUUAUGU